GUUCUGUACAAACAGAUUUACCACUGGAUCCAAUAAACCUUAUCGCUAUUUGUCCGCCGUUACUGGACAUCCCAAAAGUUUCCGAAAAAUGUUGACGUCAUAAUAAAAAAUAUCUGACGCCACAAUGGAAAAGUAAACAUGCGAUACUGGAAAUACCGGAAGUAACUUGCACGAGAGUCACUGUUAUGGGUAUUUUGCACGAGACGCCCCUGAUAUGGGUUAUCAGCCCGGGUGGGAAAUUAUGGCUUGUGUACUUCCGUUCAUUACACAUAUGCAAAAGCUAUCAUAUUAAUGCUAAGUAUAUGAUAAACUGUUAUAAUGGGCGACAAAUAAUCAUAUUGUUAUCUUGUCAUAAAACAAUAGAGACUAACCAUUGCAAAGCCUUGCAAUUUGUAUUUGAAAUAAAAUUAUGUACUUAGCGACAGAUACAUUACUUAUUACGCAUUAUGUAUUGUGCAAUAAAAAACAUUUCCCCACAAAGGAAAUAUGAGGAAGCUGUUAAAACGAUACAUUUGCGACGUACAUACACAGAAGGUCUCUUUUGUUUUAGUGACAUGAUGUUCUUUUUAAGGUUGACUGUUUUUGUCAUUAUUUAUGGCAUUUUUGCUAAUGCAGAGCUUCCAAGAGAAUGUGCAGAGCUAGCAAUAACAAGCUGUGGGGUUUAUAAAAUCUAUCCAUUUGCAAACUUACAACCUGGUGUUUCAGUCUACUGUAAAAUAGAUACCAGUGGUCAUAUUUGGACGGUGAUACAGCAGAGAUUUGAUGGUUCUGUGAAUUUCUUCAGAAAAUGGCAGAAUUACAAAACUGGAUUUGGACAACCAUUCGGAGAAUACUGGUUAGGUAAUGACGUAAUACACGAAUUAACAACUGGAGCCAAUCAUGCCCUAAGAAUAGAAUUGGCUGAUUUUAAUGGUACGUCAAAAUAUGCUGAGUAUAAGAACUUCAGUGUGUCCAGUGAACCAAACAAGUAUCGUCUGCUUCUCAAAGGAUUUUCCGGAAAUGCAGGUGAUGCCUUAACAGGACUGAAUGGACAUAGUUUCUCAACUUAUGACCAGGACAAUGAUGUUUGGCCCAGCAAUUGUGCUGAGAAAUUUAAAGGUGCUUGGUGGUACAGUAAAUGUCAUUCUUCUAACUUAAAUGGAUUAUACUGGGGAGGACCUCACACAGAAUAUGCAUCUGGUAUCAAUUGGGGAUCCUGGGGUUACCAUUAUUCGCUUCAAGCUACAGCGAUGAUGAUUCGUGCGACAUGAACAUGAACUCACAUUUUAUUUAUAAAAUACAAGCAUGUAUCAGACUGUAAUAAAGGUUUGAAGACGA